AUGGAAACGGUUCAAGCUUUCCUAAAAGUGUCUAAGCUGGCCAACAAGGGCCAAUUUGAGCGAUAUUCAAUCCGAUAUUUGCCUAAGUUCACAUCCGUCAAAGAACUAAAGCAAUAUUUACUUGAAAAUUAUUCAGAAGAAUUAAGUCCCGCUUCUAAUUGCACGUCGCUAACUAUCGGCUACAUGAGUGACGGGCGCCGAAAAUGUGACAUCAAAACAGAAAAACAGUUGGACGACGCCUACAGAAGUGUUAAGAAUGGAUGGAUCACCCUAUGGGUGGAUCCACACAGUUCCUUCAAACGAAAACAGGGCGAGAUAGAAAGAAGGGAGGCCGGUAAAGCAAAGAGGAAGAGAAGUUCAGACGACGCUAUCGACAGCGGUGACAGUAUGGAAGAGGACGACCAUGACUCCUACGAAAACAGACUCGCGCGACUGCGAGAAAAACACGGAGGAACAUUAGCGGACUUUAAACUGAAAUGUUGGGCAAAAAUGUUGGUAAAUAAAACUCAUCACAGCGAUGAUGAAAUGCCUCAGGUUUCCUUCUUUACCGGGAGGAAUAAAGCCAGCUGUUCAAUGGUUGACCUACCUUCAUCUUCUUCAGCUCAGUCUUCAACGAAAGAAACAACAUUAAACUCAAUUUCGGGUGCUGAGGAAAAGCUACGUUUACGAAGUAUGAUCUAUAACCAGAUUGCACAACUGAAGGAUCUGUUUGAUAAAGAAAUCAUUACAAGAGAUCAAUUCGACAAAGAACGCGCAAAAUUAGUUAAUGAGCUAAAUAAAAUCGACUAA